CCUACGUCAAUUGUCUUUGGUCAGUCGAGCAUUAUAGUCGGGCGUAACUGGAGCUUAGGUCUGUGUGGAAGCAGCGCAACGCUUGACUGCAAUUUGCAUAACAAAAAUUCAAAAUAAUCUCACAAAUCUCGCUCAACUUUAACCCGCUUUUGUUGAUUUGUUCGUUCUUCAUCUCCGCUGAGCGUAAGAUGAGCCGCAGCUCGGUAAGUAGUUAAGAUGCUGCGUCGCCUGUGUCGAGUCGCCGCGACGUCUUGGCGCUCAGCUCAAUCGAACUGCCACAGCCCCAAGAUCUUGAAGCAGCUCAGCGCAGCGGAACGGGAAAAGUUUCUCAAUUCCUUCGAUGUCGUGUUCUGCGAUUGCGACGGUGUCGUCUGGUAUACGCUGCGCGACUUUAUACCCGGCUCGGCGCAGGCCCUGGCGGAGCUGCAGCGUCGCGGCAAGCGGCUCACCUUCGUGACCAACAACAGCAUCAGCUCCGUGGCGGAGCACUUGCACAAGUUCGCCCAGCAGGCGCAGCUGCAUGUGCUGAAGGUAGGUCGUCCACUGAUGUGUGUUAGCUGGUUUGUCAGCCAUUAUUGUUGGCCAGCAGGAACAGAUUGUGCAUCCGGCGCAGGCCAUUUGCGAUCACCUGCAGGCGAUUGGCUUUGCUGGGCUGAUCUACUGCCUGGCGACGCCGUCGUUCAAGCAGCUGCUGCGCGAUGCUGGCUUCCGGCUAACGCAGGAGGUGAGUUGGUGGGCUCGGGGCUCUUGACAGCGAUUCAACCGGUUUCAUUUGGACAGCCCGAGGGCGUCAUCAUACGAAGCCUGGCCGAGCUGCGUGAGGCCAUCUUUGGCGGCGAGCCCGUGGCAGCGGUCAUCAUCGAUGUGGACUUCAAUCUGACGGCGACCAAGCUGAUGCGCGCUCACAUACAGCUGCAGAAUCCCAACUGCUUGUUCCUGGCCGGCGCCGCCGAUGCGCUGAUACCUUUCGGCGAUCGCGACAUCAUUGGACCCGGGCCAUUCAUCGACGUUGUCGCCCAGUCCACUGGCCGCCAGCCGACGGUGCUGGGCAAACCGGGCGAGGCACUGCGUCAGCUGCUGCGCCAGCAUCACGCCCACAUACCGGCCAAUCGAGUGCUCUUCAUCGGCGACAGCCUGGCCAGCGACAUUGGCUUUGCGCGCGCCAGCGGCUAUCAGACGCUGCUGGUGCUCACCGGCGGCAGCAGCGAAGCGGAUCUGGCCAAGCUGCCCGCGGGCCAUGCCCAGAUGCCCGACUAUGUGGCCGACUGCCUGGGCGAUCUGUGCGCCAAGCCCCACUAAAGGCAAACACUUUUCCAU